AUCUCCAGAAAUUUGUUGUUCCACUUCCAAUAUUACAUGCUUUGUUUGCUUAGCUUCCAUACCACACUCACUAUCCCCGCGGGCUUGAAUUUUCUCGGGUACAGCUGUCUAGUCGCUACCUACGAUCCUAACAGUACUACCGGCAGCAUUUACGGAACCAAUCUGAAUUUGACGCUUGACAUUCUAUAUUCGAAUGCAUCUCGGACAGACAUCAAUGGUUUCUAUAAUUUCAGUACUGGCAACGAGCCUUCUAACACUACUGUCUAUGGCCUCUUUCUCUGUCGAGGUGAUGUCAACACUGAUGUUUGCAAAGUAUGCGUACGAAAUGCCAGCAUACAAGCACUUCAGGUGUGCCCGGAUCAAAAGGUUGCUAUUGUUUGGUAUGAACAGUGCUUCUUACGCUUUUCCGACCAGACAAUUUUCUCCAAGGCUGCUUUCACACCUGGUUAUUCUUUGUACAAUCCAAAGAAUAUCACCGGAUCAGUAUCAUACCAGUUCGGAAUGGACUUGGGAAAUUUGUUGAAUCAAGCUGCAAAUCAGGCUGCAGAUGACACCUGGGGCAAAAAGUUUGCUGUUCAAGAAGGCAAUAUUUCUUUACAGAGCGCGGAUCAACCUGCGGAUCAAGCUCGGAAUUUGUAUACCCUUGCAGAGUGCACACCUGAUCUAUCCGCUGAUGACUGCAAAAGUUGCCUCAGAAAAGCUAUAGAGGAACUUCCUUCAUAUGGAUUCUUUGGUGGUAUUCCAAUAGGAGGAAGAUUACUCUUUCCAAGCUGUAGUAUUAGGUAUGAGCUCUACCGCUUCUACAAUACUGCAUCCUCUGCACCACCGCUGUCACCAAAGCUGCAUGUUCCUGCUAGUCCUCCACCAAAUUCUGCACCACCGCCACCGCCUAAUUCCAGUAAAGCAUUCGUAACAACUGAGCGGAUGAAACUAGUAGAUUAACAUCUGGCCAAGGCUUUUAUCUAAUUUUGCACAAUGAUAAUUUGAGCGCAGCAGAAUAAUCCAGUAAAAAGUCACCUGUACUUCUGUCUCGCAUGGCCCAUGC